UCCCACGUGAGCAAAAAUUCUCUACAUCUUUGAUUGUAGAGAGCCUCUGCAAUUGGUUACAUGAGUUAAUAGCAUUAGUAGAUUUAGUGAAUUCCACAAUAAAAAUAUUUUUUUUAUAGAAAUUAAAUAAAGAAUAUUAUUCAUAUGAUCCAUCGAGUGAGGAGAUGUAUUUGGUGAAUUGUGAAGACUCUCUACGACAUGUUGUGUAGAGAAUCUAUGCACUUCGUAUGUAGCCUUUUAGCUACUUAAAUAAUUUUUCUUGUAUACACAACUCUUACUGGUGUGAUGUAUGACAAUUGGUGCUCAGUGAAAAUUUCUGAUCAGAUGUUCACGUACACACACGACUCUGUGAUUCGUAUAUCUUUUGUUAUGCGCAAUGAUGGUGAGGAGGACGUGCAGGUGGCAGAGCCUUGGAGCUCUGAAGAGAUUCCACGGUCUCAUGGUCGUCAAAGGUGCUCUUGACUCGUCACCAUUGAUCAGCAGGAGCCUCCUCCUCCCUUCACUUCACUUGUAUUUUCUCCACAGAAGCAGCAGCGUUAUGGAGUACGCCCUCAGGGUAUUCGGCCAAAUUGCAGAGCCAAAUCUCUCCACGUGGAACGCAAUCAUCAGGGCGACCGCUCACAGCUCCACCCCUUCACUUGCCAUUACCCAUUUUAACCAAAUGAUGAAUGUUAGCAGCAGCAGGCCCGAUGGCUUCACCUUCCUCUUCCUUCUCAAAGCCUGCGUAAAGCUCUCCUCGAGGCCCGCCGGCUCACAACUACAUGGCAUGAUUGUCAAGCUUGGUCUGGAGCCGGACGCGUUCGUGAGGAACGCGCUCAUAAAUCUCCACGCCAGAUGCGGGGAUCUUUGCGUCGCCCGCGCUCUGUUUGAAGAUGAUGAGGCCGCCCAGAAAGACGUGGUUGCUCGCACCUCUCUCGUAGCUGGAUACGCCAAGCGAGGCCAAUUGGACGUUGCUAGUUGCUUGUUUGACGAGGCAGCAAGUGUUUGUUGCGGAGAUACGGUCUUAUGGAACACAAUGAUCACGGCUUACGCAAGCCACGGACGGAUGGAGGAUGCAAGACGGAUAUUCGAGCAAGCUCCUCAUAGAGACGUGGUUUCGUGGAACGCCAUGAUUUCUGGCUACGCCAGGUGCGGCUUCCACGCGAAGGCGCUGGGGGUGUAUCAAGAGAUGGGAAACGUAGGGAUGGAUGCUGAUGAGUUCACUGUGAUGAGCUUGUUAGCGUCCUGCGCGGAUUGUGGGGAUCUGGAAGUGGGGCAGAGAAUUCACCGCUCCCUAGUCUCCUUUUCCGGAACAAUGGGCUUGCUUCACGGAAAUGCGGUGAUAGACAUGUACGCAAAGUGCGGGAGCAUAGAUAGAGCCCUUGAGGUCUUCAAAGACAUGAGGGAAAGGGAUGUAUGGACAUGGAACUCUAUCAUCGGCGGGUAGCAGCUAGCAGUCCACGGACAUGCUAGACAAUGUAUGCGUCUAUUUGCAGAGAUGGUUGAGGACGUGAGGCCGAACGAAGUCACGUUUGUGAGUUUGUUAGGAAUGUGCAGUCACAAUGGGUUGGUGGAGGAGGGCCGCAGAUGCUGGCGUGCGAUGACAGAUGAGUACGGACUGGAGCCUAAUCUGAAGCACUACGGAUGCAUGGUGGACAUGCUCGGGCGUGCAGGAUUGUUACGAGAAGCGUUCAGGCUUAUCGUUGGGAUGAGAACGGAACCGAGCCCAGUUAUAUGGAGGACGCUGCUGGGUGCGUGCAGGAUACAUGGCGACCUUGCGCUGGGACGCAUUGCGAAGGAGAAGCUGGAGCAGAUGGGAUGCCGUCACAGCGGGGAUUAUGUGUUGCUCUCCAGCAUAUACUCCUGCGCGGAUGAGUGGCAUGGGGCUGAGAUGAUCAGGAAAUCGAUGGAUCACAAAGGAGUGAGAAAAGAGGCCGGCUGCGCUUUGACUUGGGCUGGUUGACAGAGAGGGCAGAGCUGGG